CUUCAUUUUGUCUCGAUGUGGGACUAGUGUGAGUGAGUUGCUGUGAAAGAAGAAAGUAACCAUUGAAGAUCUCACUGUGAAAACUCUCCAGACAUGCAAAUGGAGAACGGUAAUGGGGACUCUCCAGAGAGUCCAAUCAACGGCUUAAAGUUCUCUAAUGGCUCGACUAUGAAAUUUUCUGUGUGUGAUGGGAAACACUUGCUGGAAAACUCUGAGAGCUUUUACAAGAAGCUGUAUGAGAUGUACGAGUCAUCUGGACUCAACCUUGUGCUAAAUGUUCGAGAAACACUACUCAAUUUGCAUGUAUUUUACAAAGAAGUCGUUCAAAGAGGCGGUUUUUACCAGGUUACCAAAAAUAAAAAAUGGGAGGAAGUUGCUGUUGCCCUGAAAAUAGAUGGCCUCAAAAUGAAGUUUCCUGCUCAACUUCAACAAGUUUAUGCUCUUUUUCUUUUCCAGUUUGAGCAAAUUUACUCCUACAGGGCACCUGAGAAAGCAGCUGCUGAUCCAGGUCAUGCUUUCUAUCAUGGAAAUUGUUCAGUGAUGAAGCGAAAGAGUGCAGAUUCAUUAUGCCUGGCGCAAUCAGAUGAAGAAGAUGAUGUUCCAGUGGAGAAAAAGAUCUUAAUCAGAAAAUCUAAUUCAGUGUGUAGAGAACAUAAAUUAACCCCACAUACACCAAAAGUGAAAGAGACAGUGGUGGUUAAGAAGACCAAGAAGAAACUUUCCCCUGGCCGAAAUCGGAAUAUAAGGACUGCAUAUCAGAUCUUCAUCAGGGAAGAAUGUGAUAGGUUGAAAAAAACUAGAGGGGUGAGGCAACGAGGCCAGAGUUUCAGAAGUAUGGCAGACGAUGCGUGGAGACACCUCACCGAAAGUGAACGACAGCCAUACAUUGAGGAAAGCAAUAGGGACAGGGAAAAAUAUUCUCAACCACUGGAGGCUGAUUCUGCAGUACACAACAAUGACAUGGAAAAUAAAGAGACAGCACACAACAACUUGGAUGGGGAUUAUCAUGUCCAAGCUGAGUUUGGAAAACCCCAAGUCCAUGAUCAAGGUGCAGUUGAGUUUGGAAACCCCUUAUUGCACGAUCAAGAUGCUGUUGACUUCGCCAAUCGAACCAUGAACAAAAAUCUAGCUGACCCAAUACUCCCAAACGACUGAAAGUUGUAGUCUUUGGUUUAGUUGGGGAUGGUGGUCAUGGUCAGUGCUUUUGUAAUGGAAGGUUCUUUUUUCUGUACAUAAGUUGAAAACAGAAUAGUUCCUUGGACACAUACCCUUUUGAUGGCAGCUCUUCUUUUGUAUGAUUUUGUUUGUUUAUCAUGGAGUUACUAUGUAUAUAUUAAAUUACAAAUUAGAGCUGCUACCUUUUAUUAUGUACAAGAGUUUUGGAACCUUGUUGCAGUUGCAUGAACACUGAGUCACUGACCAGAACACUUAUGUUAUAUAUAGCCUUUAUUAUUAUUAUUAUUAUUUUGCUUUGAUUGAAUUUGAAUUAAAUAAUGGUAGAUCGGAUUCUUAUAGAAAA